GGAUAAGGCAAGUGUGGAGUCUGUGCAUGAUUUGUGUGUCACAGUGCAACGUUCCGAGGACCUGGACAGACGCCCAUUAGCUGGACAGCAGAAUCUUGAAAGUUCAAAAAUGGACGGAAUAAAGGAACGGACUACCGUAGAGGACACGGAUCAUCCAAUGAUACAGGUGCAUUCUGAUGACCUCACAGUGGAGAAUACGAGUGGCGGCUUGAGGUCCAAAGACUCAACGUGUUCCGAAGAACUAACCUCGGCUGUAACAGCCCAAGGACAGCACAGCGAUGGUGGCUCAAAGCUGAACACCAUCCAUGAGAUUAACCAAUCCGAAGCAGAGGACGACUCAGUCCCACUGGGGAGACAAGGGGCUUCAGUCAUGGGUAUACCCACCUCUCCAGCAGCCAGGCUGCCCAAUAUGGACACUCUCAGUCAACCACCGCGUCCUAAGGAGGCAAAUGAGCCCUUGCUGGAGAGAUGCCAUGGCAACCAAGCCCCUGUUAAACAAUUAGGUGAGUCACCUGUUUUAGAGGCAGCCUACGGUCAGAGAGAACAUGACAGGCCCGGUGAUACACAAGCUGUAAUGGAGGCGAUUGAGGAAGUAGCGCAUCCAGGUAACCACGGCAACACUCACCUUGGCGACAAGGCUUCAGACGUGAAGCGAGAGGCCAAAUGCGGGGAUGACAAGGGGGAGGACCUUGUGGUGAAACUUCGCGCUAGAAAGAGUUCUAGAGAGGAGCAGGAGCAUUCUCGUCUGGACUCCAUGGUGUUACUGCUGAUGAAGCUAGACCAGCUGGACGAGGAGAUCGACACGGCCCUCAGCGCCUCCUCCUCCUCCUCCUCCACCAUGGCCAUCACCCCCACCCUCAGGAGACACCAGCGCAGGGAAGUGGACUUCGACUCAGUAAAGCCCGUUGGGAGAGUGUCAAGCACUUCUCAGUCUGUGAAUACUCCACAACAGCAUCAAGUAUCCAAUACUCUAUCCCCCACUAGGCCGACUGCUGCUCCCGGGACCAAACCCAAGACUGGGAGCCUGUCUGCCAUGACCAAGACAACCCAAAGAAAUGAGAUGGAGGCCAAAGAGGCGUGCACCUGGCUCCGGGCUGCCGGUUUCCCACAGUACGCCCAGCUGUACGAAGAUGGCUUGUUCCCCAUUGAGAUUGUGUCUGUGACCAGGGACCAUGAUUUCCUGGACCGAGAUGCCAUCGAGGCUCUGUGCAGGAGACUGAACACCCUCAACAAGUGUGCCCUGAUGAGACUGGAGAUCUCCCCACAGAGAAAGAGAAGUGAGGAUUCAGACGAGGAAGAGCCAUGCGCCAUCAGUGGCCUUUGGACCUUCCAGCGGGACAGCAAGCGCUGGUCUCGCCUGGAGGAGCUGGAUGUCUUCUUCCUCCCGGGUGGAAACCAGCCACCCUUCCCCCAGGUCCAGAGACCCUCGGCCGGUCAGGGGCAGCUCCGCGAGGGCCUGAGCUCCGAGAGUGUGCUGACGGAUCUCAGCGAGCAGCCCGAGGUGGCCUCGCUUCACAGCAGCGGGAGUGUUGGAGAGGGAGGGAUAGUCGAUGGUGCCACAUCUAGCGAUGCCACCCCAGCGGCGGGCGCCACCCGCGCCAACUCGAUGGCCAGCAUGUGCUCCUCCUCGGGCACGGGCGGCUCGUGCGGCGCCACCGAGGACUCGCUGUCUGACGGGCAUCCGCACUCACCAUUGGAGACGACCCAAGGUCACUUCUCCUUCGACGGCAAGCCCAGUGGAAUUGUGGGAACAGGAAGGAUAGAAGGAGGAGGGAGCGAGACUAGAGGAGGGAAGAGCACGCGCUCACGGGCCAAGAGUUUCCUCAAGCGCAUGGAGAACAUCAGACUGAGGAGCGCCACUUCCAAUAGCAAGAAGAAGAACGGAGGCGGGGGAAGACCUUCCAAACUGGAGAUCAGCGGGCCGGUCAUCAAAGAAGGACUAGACGACGACAAGCUACGGCGCCUCAACUGCGUUGACAUCUCCACCCUCAACCCGACCCAAACCAUGACCCUGAACCGUAACAGGAGCGUAUCCUACUCCACGCAGACCAGCAGUGGCAGCAUGGGGAGCUCCGGAAGCACGGGCAGUAGCCAAUCAGAAGCAAGCAGCGGAAGCACCGUUAGCACCCCGAGCCCGGUGACACGAACCCGAAGCCACAGCACCGCGGUGGGAGCCAGUAAGAGAGGUGGUAUGUACCUGGAAGGUUUUGACCCGUUAAGCGUUUUCCUACAGCCGCCUGGAGAACAACAACCCCCAGGUUCAACCCAACCCAAAACCAGACAGAAACCACCUCAGCAACAGCCUAGUAACCGGAUAGUGGCUGAGCAAAACCAAAGCAAGCGUGGUCGCCUCAACGGAGAGAGGGAGGAGGAAGAGGAGGAAGAAGGCGUGAUUUUCUUCUACCUUCCCGAAGGCCACAAACCGGGCACAUUCCCCAAAGCGCUCGGCGACGGCAAACAACCACCGCAAAGUGGAAAUGCCGAUCCGCGCUAUCUCGGUAGUCGAUGCCAAACGCGUUGCGGCUCCACCGGCUCAGCGGACAGCCGCCUGAGUUUCUACGACAACGUGCCCAACGUGGCCUAUCAAGACGAGGAAGACGAUGAAGACAAUGAAGAAGGGGAGGGGCCAAAGUUGGAGGAUGUGCUGGAAUGUGUCAACGGCCUGCAGCGAUUCGUCAACGCCUGGACGGACAGGGUGGCAGCCGGAGAAGAGGAUGACGAAGAGGAAGAAGAUGAGGGGGAUUCGGAUUCAGCAUUGGAUUCAGCGUCUCCUUGUCCAUCCUCACCUUUGCAGAACCGGCUGGAGGAGACGGACAACGGGAGCGACCAGGACAGCACGGGUAACCCUCUGGGAGAAGGCGAGGGGAAAGAAGGCGAGGGGGAAGAAGGGGAGGGGGAAGAAGCCAUGAGGGAGAGGAGGGACUCCGGAGUGGGAGCCUCUCUCACCAGAUCUAACAGGUCAGUAAUUAAUUCAUUAAUCACCUCUCUGUUAAUCAAUCUAUAGAUAUCACCAAUAUUGUUAUUGUCCCCAUUUGAGAAAAUGUCCUGUGUGUUAAGAUGAAUGACUGGCGAGCUCAAUUCAGUGUUUUGGAUGAAGGGUUGAGAGAGAGAAAGGGUGAGAGAGAGGGUGAGAGAGAGGAUGAGAAGGAGGGUGAGAGAGAGGGUGAGAGAGAGGAUGAGAAGGAGGGUGAGA